AGAAAGAAAGCAAGCUAGUGGAUUCCAGCUCUAGUAAGGGAGCUCAGACUGAGUUCUCUGCUUGCUGCUCUACUAGUUUCCACAAUUCUGGUCUACAGUGAGCUUUUGAGCCGACUCUAUCGCAUUUCUGGUCUACAGUGAUGGAUGCGAACGUUUCUUUUCCCUGGCACUCAGAAUGGUGGUUUCACCGCCGUCGCUCUAGUCGUCAAGCUUCUCCGUCUGUCGCACGGAAUCGCCGAGCGACUAUCCUUAUCCUGCUUCUAGCCCUCACUGUCGCACGUCUUCGCCCGCUCUGCGUGUGCGACGCUGCCAGCUACGACCUCCGUGAAUUCAGGGACGAUGUGGACAAAAAUCAGAAUCAAAUCUUCUUCACGCCUCGAGCAGGUUUCGCGUCCGACAUUUCCAAGGAGCGUGAACAAGAAGUCAAGAUUCAGGAGAAAAUCCAGGAGAUUUCAGCAGCAACGGAUGGCACCAUAGGUGGAAAUCUGGCAGAGUCUUUAACGAGGUGGGGAGGUGAGGGGAGGCCAGGCGAAGACAGCCGGGGAGAGGGAGGAGGGUGGGGAAGGAAGGUUCCUGACAUGGCUGGUGUUGACGGCUUUGUCAAUGGCAUUAGAGAGGUGGGAAAGUCAGACAGGAGAUCAAUACAUGGCAGUACAGAGGAGGUCAAUGACGACUACGGCAGGCUUCGUCUGGAGAUGGCUGGUGGUGGCAGCUUUGGAGUUGGAGAGGUGGAAGAGCCAGGCGGGAGAUCAAGACAUGGCGGUACAGAGGAGAUGAAUGUCGGCAACGGCAUGCUUCGUCCGGAUAUGGCGUCGGCUGGUGUUGGCGGCAUUGGCGUUGGAGAGGUGGAAAGGCCAGGCGGGAGAUCCAGGCAUGGGAGUACGGAAGAGGUCAAUGCCGAUCAUGGCGGGCUUCUCCCAGAGACGGAAAUUCUCACAGUCUGCACCCCACAAGGCCAUGCUCGAGUGCGCAUCUCCCCUACCCGCAUGGGGCAGACGUGGAGAGGAUGGGGCACCUCUCUGGGAUGGUUUGCCAACUACAUAGGCAAGCUCCCCCCAGACCAGCUCACCCACCUGCUGGACCUGCUCUUCCACCCCUCCAAGGGCCUUGGGCUCAACCUCGCCCGGUACCUCAUCGGGGGCAGCUUCAACCCCCUCCUCAGCCCCCAGUUUCUCACCGAAGCCUGCGAAGCCAUGGCCAUCCCUGGUUACAGGGUUACCGCAUCCGGGCCGUACGAUUGGUCGGCGGAUUCGCGGCAAAGGAGGGUAUUGGCUGGAGCGAUCGUGCGGGGGGUGGACGAGGUGGAAGCGGUGGCUUACUCCCCCCCCUGGUGGAUGACUGUUAGCGGGGACACCGCAGGGCUAAGUGUCGGUAAGACUAAUCUAAAAAAAGGGUAUUACUUAGCGUAUGCUGGGUAUUUAGCGGAUGUGGUCGCGCAUUUUCGGGAGCAGUGGAAUGUGACGUUUUCAACUCUGAAUCCGGCCAAUGAGGCGAUGGAAGGGUGGUGGGUUCGCGGUAACCGGCAGGAGGGGUGUAACUUCAACGCUACGGAACUCAACAUGCUUGUAGCGCAUGUUGUGGGGACGCUUAAAACGAGACGGAUACUGGACCGAACCGGAGUUGCUGGUUUCGACAGUUUUGCGGGACGUACGCUUCAAAACUGGGAGGAAUUUUCACCUGUGGUGAAAUCCGCAUUAUCACGUAUCAAUGUGCACGGGUAUGUCCCUCCUCCGAAAAACAGCACAGAUGCACGUGCUUAUAUUGAAGGGAAGUUCGGUCCUUUGCGCAAAAGGGCCGAGGCUUUGGGGAAGGAGGUGUGGGUGUCUGAGAUGGGUCCUCUUUUUGUAACGGGUGACGACAUGGCGGUAACCGCAUUCAUUGCACGGUGCAUUAUACAGUCGGUAAACAUACUGGGAGCAUCCGCAUGGGUGUUUUGGCAAGCAAUUAACAAGGAGUCGGAAGCCGACCCAUCCGCCCUCAAUUGGGGGCUAUUCACCAUCCCUUAUAACCGAAUCAACAACUCCACCGCCCCACCGUUACGCGUUACACUCUCAAGAAAAUACUACAUGUUGCAGCAGUUCAUUCAGGGUGCUCCUAAGGGGAGUUUGCCGCUCAACAUCGAGGCGGCCAAUGGGUGUCAUCAUAGCAUAGCCGCUUUUUUCCAUCCGAGGCGGCAUCUUCUGUCAGUAUUCAUCGUGAAUCAAGAUGCUGCGGAGUACAACAUAUCGCUUUCUAUAUCCACAUUUCAAGUGUACGACUUGGCUAUCCCGGCUACUGUUGAGGUGUACAGGACGUCUUAUAACGAGACAGGGAGCCUUGUCUCGUCAGCUAACUAUGAGGUGGUGCCUUCACCUUUCCUUGUGGUGGCGCCGGGAAACAGCGUCACAUCUGUACUAAUUUCUGAUGUAGCUGUUCUUCACUGAGUGUCUACUCUAAUAACUCAUGGUUGCCUUUCAAUAGAAGCUCUUGUCUUGAUGGGCAGCUAGGUUCCAGCGAUUUUCCUUUCCCCUCCUCUCUUCUUAGCUUUUUGUAUACAUACAGUACCACUUGUGCUGAUUCAAAGUGACAGUAAUAAGUAGACCAAAGCAUC